AAUAUGGUCAUCCAUGACAACAAACUCAUAUAAAAUUGCAUAUAAAGUUUGAGAAGCCUUUAACAGUUUUUUGCAUUGGUCUUGCUUGCUGUAAGACAUGGAGAAAAUAUGCCGCUUUUGCUUAAGCGACACCGAAACACUUGUCGAUAUAUUCGACGAUCGAGAGAAGUCCGCGGAGGAGCCAAGCUUGGCAGAAAUGCUGAACGAGUGCGUCGAGAGCAAAGUGAAGAGCGAAGAUAAACUGCCCAAGAAGAUAUGCUUGCCAUGCCGCUCGGAUGCACGGACAGCGUUCAAUUUCAAGCGCAGAUGCGAGCACAGCAACAAGUUGCUCACUCUCAAGGUGGAGAAGGAGGAUGUGGAUGUAGAUUUCAAGCGCAGAUGCGAGCACAGCAACAAGUUGCUCACUCUCAAUGCGGAGAAGGGGGAUUUGGAUGUAGAUUUCGAUGCGUUCUUUGAUAUGCUCGUGGAUGAAGAAUGGGAACUGCCAAAGAGAAUAUUAGACGAGAAUUGCAUCAAAAUCGAUCCCGAUGCGAGUCCGAAGCCGGACGGCGGCAGUAACGAAGAGAGUAAAGUGUCGAAGAAUCUGGAGCCCAACAAGACGCAUACUGAGGAUCAAGAGUUGGAGAGUGUUUACUCUGCGGAUAGCUUGGAGCAGGCAGAUCAGUCACCGCAUAAUGAGAACAAUAAUUCGAUAUCAAAUCGAUACCCAACUCGGCAGUCCAAACGAAAGAGCUACAUAGAGCUUGUACCGCAAUCGGACACGGACAGCAACUGGUCUGAAGACAUGUCAGCAUAUACCAAUUCGGAAGCAGGUGAAUCGCAGAAGGAGACACAACAGGGGCAGGGGGAACUAAGCAAGCCAAGCAAAAUGAAAGACCCCAAAGAUCGUCCACAUGAGUGUCCGGAAUGCCACAACUCCUUUAGGCGGCUUUCGACCCUGCAGACACAUCAGCGCACUCACACCGGGGAGCGUCCGUUCAAGUGUCCGCACUGUCCGCGGGUGUUUGCCCAUAGCUACCACAUCAAGGAUCACUUGAAUAUCCAUUCGGGCGAACGGCCACACAAGUGCCCCCAUUGCCCGAAGGCGUUUAGCCAAAAAUCGAAUUUAAGAGCACAUAUUUACACACACGCCGACGGCAAACUGCGUCCGCACAAAUGCGGCUAUUGCACGAAAACUUUCGUCCGGAAUUAUGAUGUCAAGGUGCAUCAGCACCUGCACACCGGCGAACGUCCAUAUAAGUGCAGCCACUGCUCGAAAGGCUUCAAUCGUCGCCGGGAUCUGUCGCGUCACGUUCGCAUUCACACGGGCGAACAUCCAUUUAAGUGUCCACAGUGUACCUUGGAAUUCUCCAGGAGCGACCUACUGAAAAUCCACCUACGUCGACACACCGACAAUAUUGGCCAAGGCGCCAAAAAGGCGGGAAAGACUUAAAUUAAAUAUUAUAAAUGAGUAAUUUGCUAACGUCUAUAAAACGUAGAAUGAAAUCAAUAGUUGGUUAUCUAUUUAUGAAAUGUUUUGUAUUAAGCAAAUAUUUGAUUUCAACAUUUUGUAAAUACCUAUGGAACAUCAUUCACUUUCGAAUAUAUUUAGGUUUAUUUAAAAUAUAUUUAUACAUGCAUAUAUAAUUUUUAAAUAACAAUAAUUUAAGCUUUUUGAAAUGGAAAGUUCUUUUUGAGAUAUUGCCGUUAACUGGUUUAUUGACAUAAUAGGAAUAUGAUGUACAUAUAGAAAUUAAAUAAUGGAAAAUUAAAUUGCAUUUCGGAUAUAU